ACCCGGAAGGCUUAAACCGCGUACCAGUUAGCUCUCGCAGAUUACGGAUGACCCUGGAAGGAAAAUAUGAGUUUUUCGAUCUGAUACUAAGAUGCUGUCUGCUGUAUUAAGAAGAAGCACUUUUGCAGCCCAGAGGGUUUUGCAAUGGGCACACCCUCCCCAGAGAUGCUGGACCUCGACCCUGACAGGAGCUUCUGGUGGAUCUGCUUUCUCCUGCUCCUCAAAGAGGGACUCUGGACACGUAAAACCUCCUCGUGCCAGUGGACUCCUCCGGACGCCAACGCUUAGCGCUUUGUUUGAGGUGAGGGGUCAGUGUUUCAGCUGUUCUGCAGUGAAGCUGAAGAAGCGUGCGCGGCCCGAACCCCCUCCCCGACAACUAGGCCUGGUUCGCUAUGACAUGGAGCACUUGUGGAAGGGGCCCAAACCCGCCCUUAUCCUGGGGUUUGCUGGGCUCAUCCCUUUUGUCUGCCCGACUUAUUUAAUGGCUGCAACUGAGACCUACUACCCGGACCUGGUUUACGCUCAGUUAGCGUAUGCCGCCUCCAUCGUUUCCUUCCUGGGCGGAGCUCGGUGGGGGUUUGCGCUUCCUGAGUGCAGCCCGGCCAAACCUGACUGGAUAAACCUGGCCAACAGUGUGGUUCCUGCCCUGUUCGCCUCGAUAGCCAUGUUGAUGUGCGACACCAUUAUUCCCGCAAUCACCAUGGCCAUCAUGGGACUUGGAAUCGCCCUGCAUUACGAUCUGUCUCUGCUGCCRACUUACCCCAGCUGGUUUAAAGCCCUGCGCACCGUUCUUACCAUCGUGGCGUUCCUUUCUCUGCUUGGUACGCUCACACUGAACGGUGUUUAUCCAGAGAAGAACUUUUUCUGACGUGGACUACAGAUUUCUUCUGUAAGGCUUUUGGCUCCUUUAAAUUUUUAUGAUUUAAGGAAUUUGUUUUUCAUGUAAACAUGCCCCAAAUUUAUUCCUGCAGAUAGAAAACACAAAAACAAAAGUAGCUGUGUGUGUUCCCCUUUUUUUUUUAUAACAAAUAACACCCUACAUUACAUCAUGUUUGUCCUGUUUGGUUUUGGCAAAGACAAAUAAUGUGUUCAAAUAAAGUGUUAAUUCUUA